CACCCGUCCUCACUGAGCUGAGGGCAGGAAGAGACCAGGGACCUUCUUCUUGUCCUGGAGACAUUUGCGUGGACACUGCUGUUUCUGUUGUUGCAUUCCCAGCCAUGACUCUGCCCCACAGUCCCGGAAACGCCGGGGAGCCCCAAGCCUCCCAGGCUGUGCAGGUACACAGGCUGGAACACAGGCAGGAGGAGGGGCAGAAAGAAGAGCGACACCACAGCCUGCAUAUGGGCUCUUCCGUGCAGAGGAGGACCUACCACAGCAGUGAGGAGGAACAGCAGCAGUUCAGCUCCGAAGACUAUGCCCUGGCCGCUGCCUUGGCCCUGACAGCUUCCUCAGAGUUGUCCUGGGAAGCUAAGCUGAGACGCCAGACCACCACAGUAGAGCUAGAGGAGCGUGGACAGAGGCGCGUGGGCUUUGGCAAUGACUUGGAGCGGAUGGAGAUAGCCUUCCUCCGGACCCAGAGGCUGCUGCGCCAGAGACGUGACUGGAAGGCUCUGCGUCAACGGACAGAGAAGAAGGUCCAGGAGGCCAAGGAGCUGAUUGAACUGUGCUCUGGCCGGGGCCCCUGGUUCUGGAUCCCACUUCGCUCACAUGCCGUCUGGGAGCACACCACUGUACUGCUGACCUGCACUGUCCAGGAUGCUGCAGCUGAGAAGCCAGGAGUCCCAGGCUCCCCACUAAAUGUCCGGUGCCUGAAUGUGCAUAGAGACUGCCUGACCCUGACCUGGGCUCCACCCAGUGACACCCGGGGUAGCAUCAUCACUGGUUACUCCAUUGAGCUGUGCCAGGGUGAUUCGGAGGAAUGGGUGCCCUGCCAUGUGGCCCCUGGGGGAACCUGUCGGUGCCCGAUCCAAGGCCUCAUUGAAGGGCAGAGCUAUCAAUUCCGAGUUCGAGCCAUCAGCAAGGCCGGCAGCAGCCUCCCUUCCAAGGCCUCAGAAGUGGUUGUCAUGGGUGACCAUGAUGCAGCCCAGAGGAAGACAGAGAUUCCCUAUGACCUGGGCAGCAAGAUCACCAUCAGCAAGAAUGACUUUGAAGAUGCUGUAACCAUUCCCUCAGCCCCAACCAAUGUCCACGCCAGCGAAAUCAGAGAGGCCUACGCAGUUCUGAGCUGGGAGGAGCCACGUCCCCAUGGCAGAGCCCCACUGACUUACUCUCUGGAAAAGUCCGUCAUAGGUAGUGGAACCUGGGAAGCUAUCAGCUCAGAAACACCCAUCAGGUCCCCGAGAUUCGCCCUCCUGGACUUGGAGAAAGGAAAGUCGUACGUCUUCAGAGUGCGAGCCUUGAACCAGUAUGGCAUGAGCGACCCCUCAGAACCCAGCGAGCCCAUCGCCCUGAAGGGCAAGCCAGCGACUCUUCCUCCCCCAGCUCAAGUUCAAGCUUUCCGAGACACACAGACCUCCGUCUCCCUUGCCUGGGAGCCCGUGGAGGGUGGCACAGAACUCCUGGGUUAUUACAUCUACUCCCGGGAGACAGGGGCAUCAGAGUGGCAGACAGUGAACAACAAGCCCAUCCUGGACACCAAGUUCACGGUUCCAGGGCUGAGGACUGGGAAGGAGUAUGAAUUUUGCAUCAGGUCUGUCAGCGAGGCUGGGGUUGGCGAGAGUUCAGCUUCGACGCAGCCUGUCAGGGUCAAGCAGGCUCUGGCUACCCCAUCGGCCCCUUAUGACUUUGCACUCCUAUCCUGUGGAAAGAAUGAAAUGGUCAUUGGCUGGAAACCCCCCAAACGGCGUGGAGGUGGCAAGAUCCUGGGCUACUUUGUGGACCAGCAUGAUUCGGAGGAGUCAGACUGGCACCCAGUCAACCAUCAGCCUGUCCCAAGCCGGGUGUGCAAGGUCACCAGCCUUCACGAAGGCCAUUUCUAUGAGUUCCGAGCCCGGGCAGUGAACUGGGCAGGUAUCGGCGAGCUGUCGGCACCCAGCAGCCUGUUUGAGUGCAAAGAGUGGACGAUGCCCGAGCCAGGUCCCCCAUAUGAUGUGAGGGUGUCUGAGGUGCAGGCCACCUCCCUGAUGCUGCAGUGGGAGCCCCCACUGUAUAUAGGAGCCGGACCAGUCACAGGCUACCGAGUCAGCGUCCAGGAGAAAGGCUCUGAGGAGUGGAAGCCUGUCUCCCCAGACGCCACUUCUGGCACCCACCUCAGGGUAUCUGACUUGCAACCAGGAAAGCAAUACAUGUUCAGGGUCCAGGCCAUGAACUCAGCUGGGCUAGGACAACCGUCGGUGCCCACUGACCUUGUGCUCCUGGAGGACAAGCCAGGUGCACAGGAGAUUGAAGUUGGCGUGGACAAGGAGGGCCAAAUCUACUUGGCGUUCGAAGCCCCCGAAGCCCCCGACUUCUCUGAGUUUCAGUGGUCGAAGGAUUACAAGGGUCCACCCGACCCACAGAGGGUGGAGGUGGAGGAUGAAAUUAACAAGUCCAAGGUCAUCUUGAAAGAACCUGACCUUCAAGACUUGGGUAUCUACUCAGUGGUGGUCACUGACGCUGAUGAAGACACCUCCGCAAGCCACACGCUGACAGAGGAAGAGCUGAACAAGCUGAAGAAGUUGAGUCAUGAGAUCAGAAACCCAGUCAUCAAGCUGAUCUCUGGCUGGAAUGUGGAUAUCCUUGAGCAAGGCGAGGUGCGACUCUGGCUGGAGGUGGAGAAGCUGUCGCCAGCCGCGGAGCUGCGCCUCAUCUUCAAUGAGAAAGAGAUCUUCAGCUCACCGAACCGCAAGAUCAAUUUUGUCCGAGAGAAGGGCCUGGUGGAGGUUAUCAUCCAGCAACUGUCUGAAGAUGACAAGGGGUCAUACACUGCUCAGCUCCAAGAUGGAAAAGCCAAGAACCAGAUCACCCUCACCCUGGUGGACGACGAUUUUGACAAGCUCCUGAGGAAGGCAGACGCAACCAGAAGAGACUGGAAGAGAAAGCAGGGUCCCUAUUUCCAGGAGCCUUUGAAGUGGAAAGUCACAGAGGACUGCCAAGUGCUUCUGACAUGCAAGGUGACCAACAUCAAGAAGGAGACUCGCUUUCAGUGGUUCUUCCAGAAGAAAGAGGCUCCCAGUGGGCAGUACAGCCCUCAGACGGGAGACGGGCUUCUCAGCAUCGAGAAGUUUGCCAAAGAAGACCAGGGAAUCUACAGAGCCGUGGUUUCCGAUGACAGGGGCGAGGAUGACACUGUCCUGGACCUCACAGGUGAAGCCCUGGAUGCUGUCCUCACUGAGCUGGGCAGAAUUGGUGCUCUCUCGGCAACGCCACUGAAAAUCCAGGGAACUGAGGAGGGGAUCCGGCUCUUCAGCAAGGUCAAAUACUACCAUGUGGAGUACAUGAAGACCGCUUGGUUCCACAAAGAUAAGCGUCUGGAGAGUGGCGACCGGGUAAGGGCGGGCACCACCCUGGAUGAGAUCUGGCUCCACAUCCUGGACCCCAAAGAUUCAGAUAAGGGCAAAUACACCCUGGAGAUAACUGCUGGGAAGGAAGUCCGGCAGCUCUCAGCAGAUCUAUCUGGGCAAGCUUUUGACGAUGCCCUGGCAGAACACCAGAGACUGAAGGCUUUGGCCGUCAUUGAGAAGAAUCGGGCCAAGGUGGUGAGGGGCCUGCCAGAUGUGGCCACCAUCAUGGAAGAUAAGACCCUGUGCCUGACCUGCGUCAUCUCAGGAGACCCAUCGCCUGAAAUCUCUUGGCUAAAGAAUGACCAGCCUGUCUCCUUCCUUGACCGAUACCACAUGGAGGUGAAGGGUACUGAGGUCACCAUCACCAUUGAUAAGGUCACCAGUGAAGACAGUGGGCGCUAUGGAAUCUUUGUCAAGAACAAGUAUGGCUCAGAAACAGGCCAGGUCACCAUCAGCGUGUUCAAACAUGGGGAGGAGCCCAAGGAGCUGAAGAAGAUGUGAUGGAAAUGUCCAGGAACAGCCUGAGAUCUGCCCUACACAGACCAGCAGGCCAGCCAGCGGGUCAUAACUUAGCACAGGCUAUGGGGGUGGGACAGGGACAGGGACAUAACAGAGCUGGACCCACCCAGUACACCAAAGAAGAUGAGCAAAGAUUCUGCUGGGGUCUUCAGAGGACUCCCGGAUGUGGGGUAAGCACUGACCUUAGAAACCGGAAGCUGGGGUACAGGACUCAGUUUCACAAAAGUGCUUCACAAGCCUUCCUCAUCCAUCAGAUGGGCAUUCCUAGCCACUCCAAGGGGUUUUAUGAAAACCCCUUAUCCAUCUAUAUCAGCGGGUCACAGCAGGAGGCACCUUUGCUCCGCAGGGGACAGUUGGUAAAGCUGACAGAGUUUCCUUGUCGCAACUGGAAGUGUUUACUGGCAUUGAGUGGGUUGAGGCCGCAGAUGGUGGUGUGCACUUCAGCUCCCACGGCACAGAAUAGAUCCGCUUUUAGGACAGGACUGUUACAGUUCUGUGAGUCCAUCACUCAUUGGAAGAGUAGCAUACACACACACCCCACACUGCUGCCUGGAAACGGACAUGGGUGCAGGUGACUCCAGGGCAAGGCAGGAGAUAAUAAAGGUCACUAAAUGGAUCCAGUGAAGUAUCUUUAGCGAUCAGAGGAAGUGGGCAAUGGCCGAUCCCACUGGGAGAUGCAGCACUUUACAGGGCCCUUCCACUGGGUGGGACAGGGCCCUGAGAGGUGAAUUCAGUCUGGCCGUGGAGAUGGGAUGAGGACACUGAAGGAGCAGACAUAGCAGGAGCAAAGGUGAGGAUAGAAGAGAGCCUGCCCCUGCCUAGGUGACCUGGGAUGCCAGACAAGCAGCUUCAGGGCUUCUUCCAACAUGGAGCCUACAUGACCUGUGACAGACACUUUGGCUGGCCUUACGCCGUGGAUCUCAGUACACAGCUGGAGUACAAAUUUCUCUGCCUCCAAUUUCCCCUACUGCAAACAAGAUGUGGGAGGGGUUAUAAAAUUAUAGCUGUUUGUUCCUAAAGCUUUGAUAACUUUGGAAAUUAUAAAGGAGGAAA